UUGAACCCACAGAAAUAAAAACUGAACCUACAGAAAUAAAAACUGAACCCACAGAAAUAAAAACUGAACCUAGAGAAGAGGAAGAUCACACUGAUGAAGAUGAUGAUGACAAUGAUUUUAUUCCUUCGGAUGUGAAGAGUGAAUCAUGUUCUGAUGAAGAAACGUCCUCAACAUCAAAAGAGCGACGGACAGCACAAACUCUUUCCUGCAUCACCUGUGAAAAGACAUUCAGCUCACAGAGACAUUUAAAGAGACAUGAGAGAAAACACACAGAACAGAAACACUUCACCAGAUCUGAGAUCAGCUUUACUACCUUACAAGAGAAGAAACUUCAUUCAGAAGAGCACACAGAGAAGAAGAAGAAGCAGUUUCACUGUCAGCAGUGUGGGAAGAAUUUUGACUUCUUAUCUCAUCUGAACGUUCACAUGAGGAGACACAGUGGUGAAAAACCUUUCAACUGCAGUGAAUGUGGCAAAUGUUUCAGCACCAAAGGAAAUUUUGUUGUUCAUCAGAGAGUUCACACUGGAGAGAAACCUCAUCACUGUAGUGUUUGUGGAAAGAGUUUUAAUAAACAUCACCAUUUAGUGUCACAUCAGAGAACUCAUACAGGUGAAAAACCUUACAAAUGCUCUCAGUGUGGGAAGACUUUUGCUCAGUCAUGUUCCUUAAAAAUCCAUGAGAGAGUUCACACUGGAGAGAAACCUUACGUCUGCUUUCAAUGUGGAAAGAGCUUCACUACUUCAUCUCAAUUGAAGGCUCAUGAGAGAAUUCACACUGGAGAGAAACCUUACGUCUGUUCUCAAUGUGGAAAGAGCUUCUCUGAUCCAUCUCAUUUGAGAGGUCAUAAGAGCGUUCACACUGAAGAGAAACCUCAUCACUGCAGUGUUUGUGGGAAGAGUUUUAAACAACAUUCCAAUUUAGUUUCACACCAGAGAAUUCAUACAGGUGAAAGACCUUACAAAUGCUCUCAUUGUGAGAAGACGUUUGCUCAGUCAGGUUCCUUAAAAAUCCAUGAGAGAGUUCACACUGGAGAGAAACCUUACGUCUGCUCUCAAUGUGGAAAGAGCUUCUCUGAUCCAUCUCAUUUGAGAGGUCAUAAGAGAGUUCACACGGGAGAGAAUCCUCAUCACUGUAAUGUUUGUGGGAAGAGUUUUAAACAACAUUGCUAUUUAGUGAGACACCAGAGAAUUCAUACAGGUGAAAAACCUUACAAAUGCUCUCAAUGUGAGAAGACUUUUGCUCAGUCAAAUAACUUAAAAAUCCAUGAGAGAGUUCACACUGGAGAGAAACCUUACGUCUGCUCUCACUGUGGAAAGAGCUUUUCUGAUCCAUCUCAUUUGAGAGGUCAUCAGAGAGUUCACACGGGAGAGAAACCUCAUCACUGUAGGGGUGUAACGAUUAAAUGUGCAAAUGCGCGUUUUCUCAAUGAAGUAAAGAGAUUAUCAUCUCGGUAUUUUUUAGUAUUGAUGAUGAGAGAUGAGAUGGAUGUGAUGUGCUGUAAAUCAGAAGAAACUGAUGAGGGUUUACAGGAUGAUGAAUCUACUGAUCAAACCUCCACAGAGUCUCUGGAUUCUGUCUGUAACGCUGGAGAACAGCAGCAGAUCCUGCAGAACAAACUCAACAUGUGUUCAGUCAAACUCAUCGACUGCACGAACCUCAUGAUGAAGAUCAAAACUGAACCUACAGAAAUAAAAACUGAACCUACAGAAAUAAAAACUGAAGCUAGAGAAGAGGAAGAUCACACUGAUGAAGAUGAGGACAAUGAUGAGUUUAUUCCUUCGGAUGAGAAGAGUGAAUCAUCUUCUGAUGGAGAAACGUCCUCAACAUCAAAAGAGCGACGGACAACACAAACUCUUUCCUGCAUCACCUGUGGAAAGACAUUCAGCUCACAGAGACAUUUAGAGAGACAUGAGAGAAAACACACAGAACAGAAACUCUUCACCAGAUCUGAGAUCAGCUUUACUACCUUACAAGAGAAAGAACUUCAUUCAGAAGAGCACACAGAGAAGAAGAAGAAGAAGAAGAAGAAGUUUCAGUGUCAGCAGUGUGGGAAGGUUUGUGUCUCUUCUUCUAAUCUGAACAUUCACAUGAGGACACACAGUGGUGAAAAACCUUUCAACUGCACUGAAUGUGGCAAAUAUUUCAGCACCAAAGAAAAUCUUGUUGUUCAUCAGAGAAUUCACACAGGAGAAAAACCAUACAAGUGUCCUCACUGUGAGAAGAGAUUCAGACAUAAAGAACUCACGAGGAGACACAUGCGUUUACACACCAGUGAGAGACCGUAUCAGUGCAGUCAAUGUGACAAAUGUUUCAACUCCAAAGACAAUCUUGUUGUUCAUCAGAGAGUUCAUACUGGAGAGAAACCUCAUCACUGUAGUGUUUGUGGAAAGAAUUUUAGUCAACAUGCCAAUUUAGUGUCACACCAGAGAACUCAUACAGGUGAAAAACCUUACAUGUGUACUCUGUGUGAGAAGACGUUUGCUCGGUUAUAUUCCUUAACAGUCCAUGAGAGAGUUCACACUGGAGAGAAACCUUACGUCUGCUUUCAAUGUGGAAAGAACUUCUCUACUUCAUCUCAAUUGAAGGCUCAUCAGAGAGUUCAUACUGGAGAGAAACCUCAUCACUGUAGUGUUUGUGGGAAGAGUUUUAGUCAACAUGGCAGUUUAGUUUCACACCAGAGAACUCAUACUGGUGAAAGACCUUACAAAUGCUCUCAGUGUGAGAAGACGUUUACUCAGUCAGGUCACUUAAAAAUCCAUGAGAGAAGUCACACUGGAGAGAAACCUUACAGUUGCUCUCAAUGUGGAAAGAGCUUUUCUGAUCCAUCUCAUUUGAGAGGUCAUAAGAGAGUUCACACUGGAGAGAAACCUCAUCACUGCAGUGUUUGUGGGAAGAGUUUUAGUCAACAUGACAAUUUAGUGUCACACCAGAGAACUCAUAAAGGUUAAAGACUUUGGGCCCUAUUUUAACGAUCUAAGCGCAUUGUCUAAAGCGCACAGCGCAACGUCUAAAUGGGUGUGUCCGAAUCCACUUUUGUUAAUUUAACGACGGGAAAAAUGGUUUGUGCGUCGAGCGCAUGGUCAAAAAGGGUUGGUCCUAUUGUAAUGGGAGUAUUUUGGGCGUAACGUGCAGUAAACCAAUGAGAGUCACAGCUCUCAUUCCCUUUAAAAGCAAGUUGCGCUGGCGCUAUGUCUAAUCCCUAUUUAGAUGACGAACUUUGUAAACUGAAAAACUAAGCGGAGGUAGAAGAUCCCCAAUUUAAGAUUAAUGUUAAAUAAUUGUGUUGUUUUUCACUUGUAUUGAAAUUGUUAAUUUUUUUAUUAAAACCUUUAAAACCCG